GUAUGUUUAUCCCCUCCCCUUACGCUCUCUAGCGCUCAUCUGGCCCUGCUCCGCUGCAGCUGCUCGGCGAACGAAUGGCAUCUUUCUCGACAUCACGGGGGGAGCGACAGCGUCUUCCUCUUGUGUUCGUCUCGGACGGAGCUGGCUGAAACCCCCACUCCGCUGAUGAUUAAUUUAUAGCUUUAUCACACAGCAGGUUGCAGAAAAUCUGAUCGUUUUUCAAAAGGGCCCGGUUUCCGGCCAUGUGAAUAAAAAAACAGUAUACCCCCUUUUGUCGAUGACAGGGACUCGCUAUUCAAACAGCAUGAAAUAAUUCCAUUGCAUGAAGGAACUGGAGCCGGGAAAGACAGCAUGAAGUUACAAAUCUCCGGUCUUUUGCUCGUAACGGCAGUAGCCUAUGCAACGAUAGAGGCUCCCGAGGAGUUUGUCUCACUGGCUGAGAUGGAGGACACGUUGUUGAGGAAUCUUUUUCGGGGAUAUCAGAAGUGGGUGAGACCUAUCCUUCACAACAACGACACGAUUACCGUUCGCUUUGGUUUGAAGAUCUCGCAGCUGGUGGAUGUGGAUGAAAAGAAUCAACUAAUGACCACAAAUGUCUGGUUGUGGCAGGAGUGGACAGACUAUAAGCUUCGGUGGAAUCCAGAAGAUUAUGGUGGAAUCACAUCCAUCAGAGUGCCCUCAGAAACUAUCUGGCUACCAGACAUUGUCCUUUACGAGAAUGCUGAUGGCCGAUUCGAGGGUUCUCUAAUGACCAAAGCCAUUGUAAGGUUUAAUGGUACCAUCAUGUGGACUCCUCCUGCCAGCUAUAAAUCCUCCUGUACCAUGGAUGUCACCUUUUUCCCCUUCGACAGGCAGAACUGCUCGAUGAAGUUUGGAUCGUGGACGUACGAUGGCACUAUGGUGGACCUGACCCUGUUAGACGCAUAUGUAGACCGUAAAGACUUCUUUGACAAUGGCGAAUGGGAAAUACUCAACGCCACCGGCCAGAGGGGCAGUCGGCGUGACGGCAUUUACUCCUAUCCUUACGUCACAUAUUCCUUCAUUCUGAAACGUCUUCCUCUCUUUUAUACACUCUUUCUCAUCAUCCCAUGUCUGGGUCUGUCGUUUCUCACGGUUCUGGUCUUCUACCUCCCCUCGGAUGAAGGAGAAAAGCUGUCCCUCUCCACCUCCGUCCUUGUGUCUCUCACUGUGUUCCUUCUUGUCAUUGAAGAGAUCAUUCCAUCUUCCUCUAAAGUCAUUCCUCUGAUAGGAGAGUAUCUGCUUUUUAUCAUGAUCUUCGUCACAUUCUCGAUUAUCGUGACUGUGUUUGUCAUCAAUGUCCAUCAUCGUUCUUCUGCCACGUACCAUCCCAUGGCACCGUGGGUUAAGAGUCUUUUCCUCCAGAGAUUACCCAGACUGCUCUGCAUGAGGGGACAUACUGAUCGCUAUCAGUACCCAGACAUCGAGCUGCGGAGCCCGGAGCUAAAACGAGGGAUGAAAAAAGGGCAACAGAAGAGUGCCGGAGGAGGUCGAGGGGGGUUAAAGGAAGAUGAGAACCAGGCCUGGAUUGCUCUGUUGGAGAAAGCCACUCACUCAGUGCACUACAUUUCCAGACACAUCAAGAAGGAACACUUCAUCAGAGAGGUUGUUCAGGACUGGAAGUUUGUGGCUCAGGUAUUGGACCGGAUCUUCCUCUGGGUCUUUCUCACAGUUUCUGUGCUUGGGACCAUCCUCAUCUUCACCCCAGCUCUGCAUAUGUACCUCAGCACAUAAAAAAACAGCCUACCAAAUCUCCUUUACCCUCAACAACAUUCUUUUGACCCCUUUGAAAUAUAUGUAGUUCCCACAACAUCACAGUAAUCCUUCUAAAAGUCAUUUUCUGACCUGGCCACAUCUGUAAUCCUCCUCAAAUUCGACUCCUAGCUCUCCUUCCUAGAUGUUGUGUUCAGAAGUUAGACUGAAAAAAAAAAAAAUGCAAAAUUCAGCUGAAAUGAAGUUCAGGAAUUUUCUGCCCAUUUAACACAUAACUAAGAGGCAGCUUAUAAAGUUGGGGUUGUUUGGAUCUGUGUUAUCUCUCGAAAGGGGUCAUAGUUUUAAAGAUCUUCAAUAAUUUGACUUUACUGUGAUGUAAAAGGUGUAACCGCAUCUUUUAUGCCUCUCAUUUCAUUUGGUAUCAUUCAUUCAUGUAUUUAUGUAUGUAUGUAUUUAUUUAUUUGUGUCAUUGUUCAUUUAAGUAAUAUUUUACAGUGAGAUUUUAUGAUUCCGGUCACUAGGUAACAAACCUAUUCACCAGAUUAAAAAUCCAAUCUGUAUGCAGUAAAUACAUUUUUUUUUCACUAUGCAGAUAUUAUUCUGUAAUUCGUAAUUAUGAGCACUUAUAAUAGUAUCUCUAUUAUUGGGACAGGUGUUGCUUACUGUACAGUCUGUCAUCUAUUGUCUUAGUUUUUAGUACUGGUAAAUGCAUGUAGUAUCAUGCCUUUGGAUGACAGUAUGCAUAUGUAAAUGUUAUGCAGAUGAGGCCAUGCAUAAUACAAAGUGCAUGUGAAUGUAUCUACAAUCUUCCACAAUCUGGGAUUUAUAAAAAAGGCAUUUACACAGAUGCAUAUAUGGGUUUAUAUAAAUCUCAAUAUUUCCCAUUUGUGCUUUUAGGAUGAAGUCUACACCACAUGUUAAACAUUCUUAUCCCUAAAUCCUUGGAGAUACUGUUGCUGAUUGAGUGGGAGAGAUUACUAGAUCACAGCUUGUGUUUGGCAUCAUUAGCAAGGACUUUAUUGUGACACCCUUCUUUAUUUCUGUUCUUUCACACUGGUCAGUAAAUGGAGAUGUCAUCAGUUUUUUUGUUGUUUGAAUGUCUAAUUGUACAAAAUCAAUCACGUGUUUCAUGUAAUCAACCUUGUCAGUGAUCUGGGCAAGUGUCUUUUACUCUUCACCGCAGUGUCACAUCAGAAACAUUUCUCUAUGGUUCAGAAUAGCUUUGCUUUUUGCACGGGAAGCAUUGAAUGAAUUAGUGUUAUUUGGGUUUCUUAAAAUAAUGUUUUCGGGAGAACCAGAAACCUGGCCCUUUUCUUUGGAGACUAGUUUAAUAAUGCAAAAAUAGUAGAGGGAAUUCAGGUCAAAUGGACACUUUUGAUAGCUUAUACUUUUGGUUUCACUUUAUUUUACUGUCCUUAUUAUAGUGUAAUUACACAAUUAAAUACUAAUUAACAUGUACUUACUAUAGGGUUAUGGUUUGGUUUAGGUUUAGUUACUUGUAAUAAUACACAAUUUUCUAUCAUUACUGUAGUAAGUACAUGUGACGUGUGACAAAGACAUUGUAAAACUGUCACCCCAUUUAUUUUCAUCUCACUAACAAAAAGUGGCCAGUUCAUUUUACAUUUGCAAGAAAAGUGUUGUUUGACAUCAUGCUAGUUCCUCUCUAAAGCAAUUCUUUUUCACUAUUGAUUAUACUGAUGACACAUAUAUUAAAGUCAACAUGAAAUCUUAUUGUACAUGAUUCAUCAGUGUACGCUCUUCCUCUCUAAUGACUUGUAUUAUUGGUUUUCAGAAUUUGAUUACAGAACGAAUAUGAAUGAA